UGUGUACUCCAGAAACGGAACACACUGAAGGCUUUAACCAAGAAGACUGUUCGAGCGACGCCGGCCGAAGACGACAUUUCAAAGGGAAACACAAUAACUUGUUAAUCCUGUUGGAUCUGGUUCAUCCUUCUUGGUGGGGAUGAGGGUGCUGCAAAGGUGGCCCCGCCCCUUCUGGGCUUUGACUGGCUUGCUGAUGAUGCUGAUGGGCGCGUCCAUUGGCGCGUCGGCACAGGACGGCUGUGUAAGCGAAGCCACGGUGACGACGACCGACGGCCGGGCGGCCCGCCUGGCACAGGAGCGCCACCUGUGGGCGCUGUUUGAGAAGUACGGCGACGGCAAUGGCAGCGUCACGCUAGAGGGCCUGCAGCUGCUCCUGCAGCACACCAUGCGCACCGUGCGCCACUCACACCACUCCACGCAUCAUCACCACCACCACCACACACACUCCCAUGACAAGCAGCACGGUGAUGGUGCGGCACCACCGCCGGCGUCCCCUGGCAUCAAGCAAGAGCAACACGCCAGCCCCACACACCAUCACAAGAUAGACCCUCCUCCUCCACGCAGCAGCGCAGCUGUUGGUGGAGCCGAGGGAAAGAAGAGCCAAUCAGAUGCGAAUCAUAAUCAGUAUACCAAAAGGGGCCAGGGGUCAUCGACGACAUUGCCGCCGCCGCCUCCCAUGACUACGGUUGCCACACCCCCAGGACGGUCUAGGCGCAGCGCUGGGCCUGAUCGCACCCCUCCGGGGCAGAACACGCCCCCCACCACCACGCAACUUCCACUCCAGAACCUCGCCCACCGCUCUCAAGCCAACAAGACUGAGGAGUGUCUGAGUCCCUCUGCUAUGCUGAAGAACCAUGGGAUGGGGAUGGAGGCUAUCACCAUCAGUGACUUUGGCUUCCUGUGUCCAGCACUGCUCUCUCAGAUCGACUCCCAGUCCUGUCUGCAGCAUGGUGAUGUAGACCCUUCCAAGGCCCCCAAAACUGCAUUAGGACAUGAGGAGAAUCCGAAGACCACUAACAUUGCAGCAGCGUGGCUGGGCGGGUUCCUGUCCAUCUGCAUCAUCAGUGCCCUGGCUCUCGUGGGCGUGGUCUUGCUGCCCCUCAUCAACCGCACCUCCUUCAACUUCUUGCUCAGCUUCCUGGUCGCCCUCGCAGUUGGCACACUCAGUGGAGAUGCCUUUCUUCACCUCUUACCUCACGCCAUGGGUCAGCAUAAGCACCACCACCUCCACCACUCGGCCAAUGAGAGCAUGGGACACGGACACGGACAUGGUGGCCAUGGCGACCACGAGGAGGAGGAUUCUCUGCGCUCUGUGUGGGCGGGGCUGACGUCUUUGGGUGGAGUCUACAUCAUGUUCCUCAUCGAGCACUUCCUCACUCUGGGCAAAAUGUACAAGGACAAGAAGCACAAGGGCCAGAAGAAGUUUGACGAGAAUGAUGUAACGCUGGACUCUGAAAAGCUGCCCACCACGGAGGAGAACGAUGGCAAAACCCUCGAUGUGGAGGCCGAGGCCAACGGGGCAGGCAGCAACGGCAGCGGGCACUUCGCACUCACUGCCACCCCCACCACCACCGAGAACGCCAACGAGGAGGAGGAGGAGGAGGACAACCCAUCGGAAGCGGAGCAGCAGGAGAUGCUGGCCACACCCCAGCACGAGGGGCAGGGGGCGCCCGGUGACGAGGACCGGUCGUCAGACUGCCAGGACAAGUGCCACUCGCACUUCCACGACACGGUGGCGCCGCCCGCGCGCCUGCACCACCACCACCACGACUACCACCACAUCCUGCACCACCACCACUCGCAGAACCACCACCCGCACAGCCACACGCACCGCCACACCAACACCUACGACCGGCAGCACUUCCAGCAGGCGGGCGUGGCCACCCUCGCCUGGAUGGUCAUCAUGGGGGACGGCCUGCACAACUUCAGCGACGGCCUCGCCAUAGGAGCUGCCUUUACUGAGGGGUUGUCCAGUGGUCUCAGCACGUCUGUUGCCGUCUUCUGCCAUGAGCUCCCCCAUGAGCUAGGUGAUUUUGCGGUGCUGCUGAAGGCGGGCAUGUCUGUGAAGCAGGCGGUGCUGUACAACGUGCUGUCGGCCAUGAUGGCCUUCCUGGGCAUGGCUGUGGGCAUCCUGAUUGGACACUACGCAGAGGACGUGGCCGCCUGGGUCUUCGCCCUCACCGCCGGCCUCUUCCUAUACGUAGCCCUCGUGGACAUGGUUCCUGAGAUGCUCCAUAAUGAUGCGAGUGAGCAGGGCUUCAGCCACUGCGGCUUCUUCGUGCUGCAGAACGCCGGCAUCCUGCUGGGCUUUGGCAUCAUGCUGACCAUCGCCAUCCUGGAGCCGCGCAUACAGCUCAACCUCGACCUCUAGACCGACCUUAUGACCCCAUCGCCAUCUUGGAGCAGCGCAUACAACCUCCACCUCUAGACUGACCCCUGACUGUGUGCAAAUGUGUGUGCAUGAACCAGAGUUUUUUUUCUUGUACGGUACACACCAAAAGCCUGAAGUGGUGUCUUACAUGUCAGAGCUGUGAGGGGAAUGCAGUGCGUGCGUGCGUGCGUGCGUGCGUGCGUGCGUGCGUGCAUGCGAUGAGUAGACCAGCUGCUGGAUCGUCCUAUAAGGACACAUGCAGAUGGUUGAGGGGAGGGGCCAGCAAUUAUCAUCCAGGUCAUCCUUGAACCCUGACCCCCAUCCUUUACCAGUCACCUUACUAACCUUACUCCCCUUACCACUCCCCCGCCUGUAUGUCUGUUCUGUGCUGUCAUCAUAGCAUGCUAAGCAGCUAGCACUAAGUGCCAAUAGAUGAAGUAUGGUAUUUGUACGCUUUUUUUGUGUGUGUGUGCGCGCGUGUGUGUGCAUGUGCGCAUUUGUGGUUUUUUUAGGUGUAUGUUUAUGUUUUUGCUAACUCCUUUGUUCUGUGCUGUUACCAUAGCAUGCUAAGCAGCUAGCACUCAAGUGCCAGUAGUGUCAAUUACUGUGUGUGUGUGUGUGUGUGUGUGUGUGUGUGUGUGUGUGUGUGUGUGUGUGUGUGUGUGUGUGUGUGUGUGUGUGUGUGUGUGUGUGUGUGUGUGUGUGUGUGUGUGUGUGUGUGUGUGUGUGUGUGUGUGUGUGUGUGUGUGUGACUGUUCUCAAGAUCAUAUUGUGUCACACUGUUACACUGAAGGGAUCUAACUGUGUUAGAACACAAAAAGUGUAGGUAUUAACACAUUCCAGGAAAAAUAUUAUACCAUAAUUGAAACUUGUAUGUGUGUGUGUGUGAGAGAGAGAGAGAGAGUACUGUCUAAAUGUGUCUGAGACACUGAAGGGAACUAACUAUUAGAACACACAAAUUGUAGGUGUUAAACACAUUCGGAUAAAAAACUAACCAUAUUCAAACGUGUGUGUUUGAGUGUAUUUACUAGAGAUGCACUGGAUCCUGAUUUUUAAGAUCCUGCCGGAUACCGGAUCCACUGAUUAAUAUCCUGCCGGAUCCGGAACCGGAUGCUGGAUCCUACGCCGAUCGUCAUCUGAUGUAUUAUAAUGCAGCCAAUUACUUCUACCACCAUUUUUAUUGGGCUAUUUUUAUGUUUUUAUUUAUUACUACUGUUAUUAUUAUUAUUAUUAUUAUUAUUCUUUAUUUAUCUAAGUGGGACAUCAAGCCUUGAGGACUUGAUGAGCACUUGACAACAAUGUUCACGUUGCGUUUACAAAUGUGGGUCCAGGUCCGGUUCGACACGCUGGUUCAGGCGCUAUUAUCCGUCCGGAUCUGGAACCGGACCUUGGAUCCGGUGCAUCUCUAGUAUUUACGUACGUACGUACACACGGUGAUCAUAUUGUGUCUGUUACACUGAAGGAGUUAGAACACGAAAAAAUGUAGGUGUACUAAAUGCAUUCCAUGAAAAAAUACAAACCAUAUUCAAAACUG